CCUUCGUUUUUGGGAAAUUUGCAAUCCAUAACUGGCAGAUCACCCAGCUUUAAGGAUGGAUAUUGUGGCAUUAGCGGUUUGAACUAAUUUAUUGUCAGGACAGUACACUAGAUUAUGAUAUACUUUGUGAACGCAGAAGAAAAGAUUGAUUAAUAUUUAACUUGAGAAAUUUCAAAAUGGAAUUUUUCUAUUUAUUAAUACUCAGAAAAUGUAUCAUUGCAAGCCUGGCGUGUGCAUAUACUUUAACAGAUGAAGAUAAUCUACACACGGCUUUGCUGACUGGAUAUAACAAGGACUUACGUCCAGGAAUUGACAGAACACAUCCGUUGAAUAUAAACGCGUCUUUUUAUUUAUUCUCUAUCAACGAGUUUGAUUUAAACAUAGGAAAAUUUACCAUCACUGGUGUUUUUGAAAUUGACUGGUACGACGAAAGGCUUUCCUGGAGUCCUGCUUCUUACAACCAGACAAAUAUGACUGUGAUCCCACAGAACAGGAUGUGGCUUCCGAAUCUCAUUAAUGUCAAUCCUUAUAAAGAGAUCAAAGGACUCGGCAGUGAUCUGGUAAACAUUCAUAUUCUUUAUUCUGGACUCUGUUCAUGGUAUGCCCUCCAGGUUUCGGAGGUUAUAUGUGAUGCUGAUGUUACCAAAUAUCCCUUUGAUACACAAUUUUGCACCUUAAAAUUCUUCAUUUGGGGUUAUCAACCGCAUGAAGUAUUUUUGAAUUUUCAAACGAUGCAUGUUAUCUUAACAUUAUAUUCUGAAAACGGCAUAUGGGAUAUCACGGACUCCACAACUCACAAGAAGAUGAACAUGUACGGUUAUGAGGAAAUCAUUGUUGGUUUUUAUCUGAAGCGAAGAACAGCUUAUUACGUUGUAAGUCUACUGUUACCGAUAAACGCAAUUCAGUUUCUCUUGGCUUUCGUUUUUCUUCUUCCACCGGAGUCUGGUGAAAGACUGGGAUUUUCUACCACAAUCCUCCUCUCUAUCGUUGUCUAUUUGACGAUAAUUCAGGACAAGCUACCCGAAGCUUCAGAACCUAAUGUAUCUAUUCUAAGUUACAUGCUUGUUGCAUGCGUAGUGAGUGGAGCGAUACUCAUUUUAUUUGUUAUCCUCAGUUUGCGGAUUCAAAGCUGUCCAUGUGAUAAACCAGUUCCUCGGUCCAUUGUUCGCCUCGUCAAAUGUUGUCGGAGGAAAGCGAAGUGUUGUCAGCGGAAAAGAAACGUUAUAGAUACAGUAGAGCCUAUGGAAUCCAAAUCUGAGCCAGUUGUGGAUGACGAAGUCAUUUGGAUUGAAGUUGGAAAAUGCUUCGAUGUGAUGUGCUUUCUUAUAUUUAUAUCUCAGAUAUCGAUUACGGGUAUAAUUUACUUAUCUUUGGUAUUUUCUUAAACUUUUGUGUGUCAGGAUCUGUAACAUCAUUUGCUUUAUAUAUUGAAUGUAUAUCUGUUUCACUUUUUUGAACCUUUGAAAUAUGGUUAAACUUUAAGCAGACAUUUAGAUCCUUUUCUUGAGAUUGCAUUCUUUAUAGGAUUUAUG